CUGCGGUUGUUUACCUUUGAGGCUGACACCCGCACAUAGCCUGUAGGCAGCAUUGGCUCAGCAAGGGGAAUUUUACAAUUUAUAUCGUUAAUGGAUGUUUUAAAUGACCAAGGAGAAGCAGUUACCAUGGUUUGACCACAAACAGAUGGGUAAGCGGAGGUUCUCAGGUCUGGAGGUGAGCCUGCUAGCACUGUUCUCCAUGAUUUCUGUGGUCGCCAUCGCCCUUAUUGUUCUCUUCGCCAUCGGAGAAUCUGGGGUCAAAACAGAAGAGGCUAUCGUCAGCCAAUGCCCAACAAUCCCUCACGCGGAGAGAGUGGACUGUUUCCCAGAUACUGGAGCAUCAAAGGACAAAUGUGCAGCACGAGGCUGUUGCUGGAGCCCCGUGGAUCAGGCCAACGUGCCCUGGUGCUACUUCUCAACCAGCCACGGAUACACAGUGAUGUCGGUGGAGAACCCUAACCCUUACGAGAUGAAAGUCGAUUUGAGACGUAUGGAUUCCCCCUCCCUGUUCGGGGCGGAUAUCAACAAGCUCACCCUUCAUGCAGAGAUGCAGACUGCCAAUCGCCUCCGAUUUAAGAUCUUUGAUUCCAAUAAGCAAAGGUACGAGGUCCCCCAUGAGCACAUGAACAUCCCCAACAACAAGCCGUCCAGCCCCAUCCGAGAAACGCUUGAAAUCACACACCAGCCCUUCGGACUCAGAGUGCGCAGGAAGGAGAGCAACAAAGUGCUGUUUGACACCACCAUGGCCCCUCUAGUGUUUGCCGACCAAUAUCUCCAGCUUUCUGCCAGGCUGCCAUCCCAUAAUAUCUAUGGGUUAGGGGAGCAUGUUCACAAACAAUAUCGACAUGACACCAACUGGAAGACCUGGCCCAUUUUUACAAGAGACGCCUUUCCAAACGGGGGAACGCACAACCUCUAUGGCCACUACCCGUUCUUUCUCUGUCUGGAAGACGAGAGUGGAAAGUCAUUUGGCGUCUUCUUAAUGAACAGCAACGCUAUGGAAGUCACCCUGCAGCCGGCCCCCGCGGUGACCUACAGGACCAUCGGAGGAAUCCUGGACUUCUACGUUCUCUUUGGAGACACGCCGGAACAAGUGGUGCAGGAGUUCCUCGAGCUGAUUGGCCGGCCUGUCAUCCCACCCUACUGGUCCCUGGGUUUCCAGCUGUCCCGCUGGGAUUACGGGAGCCUGGAGGAGGUCAAAAGGACUGUAGAGAGGAAUCGGGCUGUGGACCUCCCAUAUGACAUUCAGUACACAGACAUUGACUACAUGGAGGAUAAGAAGGACUUCACCUACGACAAGAAUCUUUUCGCAGAUCUGCCUCAGUUUGCUGACUACCUCCAUGAGAAGGGUCAGAAAUACAUACUCAUCCUGGACCCUGCGAUAGCCACCAGUAAGCUGCAAGGGGACGCUCCUUACGGCUCCUAUGACAGAGGCACAGCCAAGAAGGCAUGGGUCACUGAGUCUGAUGGCAAAACACCCCUAGUGGGAGCGGUCUGGCCAGGAGAAACCGUGUUCCCAGACUACACCAGCACCAACUGUAUCGACUGGUGGGUGGAUGAGUACGUGCGCUUUUCCCGAGAGGUCAAACACGACGCGCUCUGGAUCGACAUGAAUGAGGUGGCAAGCUUCGACCAGGGAUCAAACAAGGGCUGUGAAGUCAACAACCUCAACAACCCCCCCUUCACACCGAAUAUUCUGGAUGGACUGAUGUACAGUAAGACGCUCUGCAUGGAUGCCAAGCAGGCCUGGGGGAACCACUACGAUGUCCACAGUCUCUAUGGUUACUCCAUGGUGCUGGCUACUGAGAAAGCUCUGGAGCGCGUCUUCGGUGAAAACCGGACCCUGAUGCUGACCCGCUCCUCCUUCCCGGGCGUGGGGAAGUAUUCGGGUCACUGGCUUGGGGACAACGGGGCCAACUGGAACGACAUGAAAUGGGCCAUCCCGGGCAUGCUGGAGUUUGGCCUGUUUGGGGUUCCCUACAUCGGCGCUGACAUAUGCGGCUUCUUCGGCAACACCACCGAGGAUCUGUGCCGUCGCUGGAUGCAGGUCGGGGCCUUCUACCCUUUUAGCCGCAACCACAACGCUCAGGGCUACGAGCCUCAGGAUCCAGCUGCGUUUGGGGCCAACUCGACACUGGUGCAGAGCUCCAAACACUACCUGACCAUCCGCUACACCCUGCUGCCCUACCUGUACACGCUGUUCUACAAGGCCCACACCACGGGGGAGACCGUCGUCAGGCCCCUCAUGCACGAGUUCUAUUCUGAUAGCGCCAGCUGGACAGUGGACCGGCAGUUCCUUUGGGGAAAACAUCUGCUCAUCACACCUGUGUUGGACCCGUGGACGGAUACGGUGAGAGCCUACAUCCCAGACGCCUUGUGGUACGACUACGACACGUGGGACCUAGUGAAAGCCAGGAAACAGCAUUUCGACAUGUAUCUACCAGCGGACAAGCUUGGGUUACACAUCAGAGGAGGGGCUAUACUUCCAACCCAGACACCUGCUGUCACCACCACAUACAGUCGGCGUAACCCCAUGGGUUUGAUUGUUGCUCUUGACGACAACCAGCGCGCAGUAGGGGAGCUAUUCUGGGAUGAUGGAGACUCCAGAGCAACCGUUGAAAAUGGGAACCACAUCCACUACAACUUCUCUGUUCAUGAUGGAGUUCUGACCAUGCAGGUGACCCAUGCCGGCUACAAGGACCUGGGUGGCCUGGUGUUCGGGGAAAUCAAGGUCCUGGGUGUGCCACAGCCCCCGCCGCUGGUGACGGUUACCCACGGGAACACCAUCACCAUUCUCAAUGAAAACAGCAUCCGCUACGACGCCGUCAAGAAGGUGCUGGUGGUGAGCGGCCUGGAGCUGAUUGUGGGUGAGUCGUACCUGGUGGCGUGGCAAAGGGGGGGGGCUGAGUACCAGAGGUUCGACUGCUACCCACAGAAGGGCCAAGUGGCCACUGAGGACAGCUGCAAGGCUAGAGGCUGCCUCUGGGAGCCUACCACCCGUUCAGGCGCUCCAUGGUGUUUCUAUCCUGAGGACUACGGCUACGGCGCUACCAUAAUUAACGAGGCAGACUCGGGAAUGACCUUUGACAUCACAAGAAACGGGAAGUAUGGGAGCAGUGGACUCCCAGGCUCCCCGGACAUUGACCAACUCCGCGUGGAGGUCCGCUAUCACAGCGAACACAUGCUGCAAUUCAAGAUCUGGGAUCCGUCCAACAAGCGCUACGAGGUCCCGGUUCCUCUCUCCGUCCCCGCCACUCCAGAGACAAGCGAGGCCAAGAGGCUGUACAAGGUCGUCAUCACCAACAGGCCCUUUGGGAUCAAGGUGAUCCGAAAGAGCACGGAAACCACCAUUUGGGACUCGGCCGUGCCGGGCUUCACCUUCUCAGACAUGUUCAUCCAGGUCUCCACGCGUUUGUCCUCGGAGUACGUGUACGGCUUCGGCGAGACGGAGCAUCAGACUUACAGACACAACCUCAACUACCACACCUGGGGCAUGUUCGCCAAGGACCAGCCGCCUGGCGACAAGAAGAACUGCUACGGGGUCCACCCCUUCCACAUGGGCCUGGAGACCACGGCCCACGCCCACGGCGUCCUGCUGCUGAACAGCAACGCGAUGGAUGUGACGUUCCAGCCCACGCCGUCCAUAACCUACAGAACUAUUGGGGGCAUCCUGGACUUCUACAUGGUCCUUGGACCCACUCCAGAGAUGGUUGUGCAGCAGUACACCGAACUUAUUGGCCGCCCUGUUUUACCUGCCUAUUGGUCACUUGGGUUCCAGCUCUGUCGUUAUGGUUAUGCCAAUGACAAGGAGAUAGCGGAUCUAUAUCGAGACAUGGUGGCGGCCGGCAUACCCUAUGACGUCCAGUAUGCAGAUAUUGACUACAUGGAUCGCCAGUUGAACUUUGUUUUGGACCCAGAAUUUACUGGACUUCCUGCCUUGGUGGAUCGCAUGAGGGGCGAAGGCAUGAGGUUUAUCUUCAUUCUGGAUCCAGCCAUCGCAGGCAAUGAAACAAAGCCUUACCCCGCUUUUGACCGUGGAUUGGAACAGAAUGUCUUCAUCAAGUGGCCCAAGGAGUUGGGCGACGGGAUUGUCUGGGGCAAGGUGUGGCCGGAUCGCCCAAAUGUCACGGUGAAUGAAUCUCUGGACUGGGAUACCCAAGUGGAGAGGUACAGAGCCUACGCCGCGUUCCCCGACUUCUUCCGCAACCACACGGCCAAGUGGUGGCUUCAGGAAAUCAAGGACUUCUAUGAGAGCUUGAAGUUUGAUGGACUGUGGAUUGACAUGAACGAGCCUGCCAGCUUUGUCCAUGGCACUGUAGGGGGAAAGUGUCUUGGCUCGGAUCUCCUGGAAAAUCCUCCAUACAUGCCACCGCUGGACGCCAUGGAAAAUGGGCUGAACCAUAAAACUCUGUGCAUGAACAGUCAGCAGUUCCUCAGUGAUGGAACUCCGGUGAGACACUACGAUGUGCACAACCUCUACGGCUGGUCUCACGCCAAGCCCACCUACGAUCUGUCUAAUCAGUGGGACCUAGUGAAAGCCAGGAAACAGCAUUUCGACAUGUAUCUACCAGCGGACAAGCUUGGGUUACACAUCAGAGGAGGGGCUAUACUUCCAACCCAGACACCUGCUGUCACCACCACAUACAGUCGGCGUAACCCCAUGGGUUUGAUUGUUGCUCUUGACGACAACCAGCGCGCAGUAGGGGAGCUAUUCUGGGAUGAUGGAGACUCCAGAGCAACCGUUGAAAAUGGGAACCACAUCCACUACAACUUCUCUGUUCAUGAUGGAGUUCUGACCAUGCAGGUGACCCAUGCCGGCUACAAGGACCUGGGUGGCCUGGUGUUCGGGGAAAUCAAGGUCCUGGGUGUGCCACAGCCCCCGCCGCUGGUGACGGUUACCCACGGGAACACCAUCACCAUUCUCAAUGAAAACAGCAUCCGCUACGACGCCGUCAAGAAGGUGCUGGUGGUGAGCGGCCUGGAGCUGAUUGUGGGUGAGUCGUACCUGGUGGCGUGGCAAAGGGGGGGGGCUGAGUACCAGAGGUUCGACUGCUACCCACAGAAGGGCCAAGUGGCCACUGAGGACAGCUGCAAGGCUAGAGGCUGCCUCUGGGAGCCUACCACCCGUUCAGGCGCUCCAUGGUGUUUCUAUCCUGAGGACUACGGCUACGGCGCUACCAUAAUUAACGAGGCAGACUCGGGAAUGACCUUUGACAUCACAAGAAACGGGAAGUAUGGGAGCAGUGGACUCCCAGGCUCCCCGGACAUUGACCAACUCCGCGUGGAGGUCCGCUAUCACAGCGAACACAUGCUGCAAUUCAAGAUCUGGGAUCCGUCCAACAAGCGCUACGAGGUCCCGGUUCCUCUCUCCGUCCCCGCCACUCCAGAGACAAGCGAGGCCAAGAGGCUGUACAAGGUCGUCAUCACCAACAGGCCCUUUGGGAUCAAGGUGAUCCGAAAGAGCACGGAAACCACCAUUUGGGACUCGGCCGUGCCGGGCUUCACCUUCUCAGACAUGUUCAUCCAGGUCUCCACGCGUUUGUCCUCGGAGUACGUGUACGGCUUCGGCGAGACGGAGCAUCAGACUUACAGACACAACCUCAACUACCACACCUGGGGCAUGUUCGCCAAGGACCAGCCGCCUGGCGACAAGAAGAACUGCUACGGGGUCCACCCCUUCCACAUGGGCCUGGAGACCACGGCCCACGCCCACGGCGUCCUGCUGCUGAACAGCAACGCGAUGGAUGUGACGUUCCAGCCCACGCCGUCCAUAACCUACAGAACUAUUGGGGGCAUCCUGGACUUCUACAUGGUCCUUGGACCCACUCCAGAGAUGGUUGUGCAGCAGUACACCGAACUUAUUGGCCGCCCUGUUUUACCUGCCUAUUGGUCACUUGGGUUCCAGCUCUGUCGUUAUGGUUAUGCCAAUGACAAGGAGAUAGCGGAUCUAUAUCGAGACAUGGUGGCGGCCGGCAUACCCUAUGACGUCCAGUAUGCAGAUAUUGACUACAUGGAUCGCCAGUUGAACUUUGUUUUGGACCCAGAAUUUACUGGACUUCCUGCCUUGGUGGAUCGCAUGAGGGGCGAAGGCAUGAGGUUUAUCUUCAUUCUGGAUCCAGCCAUCGCAGGCAAUGAAACAAAGCCUUACCCCGCUUUUGACCGUGGAUUGGAACAGAAUGUCUUCAUCAAGUGGCCCAAGGAGUUGGGCGACGGGAUUGUCUGGGGCAAGGUGUGGCCGGAUCGCCCAAAUGUCACGGUGAAUGAAUCUCUGGACUGGGAUACCCAAGUGGAGAGGUACAGAGCCUACGCCGCGUUCCCCGACUUCUUCCGCAACCACACGGCCAAGUGGUGGCUUCAGGAAAUCAAGGACUUCUAUGAGAGCUUGAAGUUUGAUGGACUGUGGAUUGACAUGAACGAGCCUGCCAGCUUUGUCCAUGGCACUGUAGGGGGAAAGUGUCUUGGCUCGGAUCUCCUGGAAAAUCCUCCAUACAUGCCACCGCUGGACGCCAUGGAAAAUGGGCUGAACCAUAAAACUCUGUGCAUGAACAGUCAGCAGUUCCUCAGUGAUGGAACUCCGGUGAGACACUACGAUGUGCACAACCUCUACGGCUGGUCUCACGCCAAGCCCACCUACGAUGCACUUUUGAGUGUGACGGGAAAGCGAGGUGUGGUGGUGACUCGCUCGACCUACCCCUCCAGUGGAAAGUGGGCUGGACACUGGCUCGGAGACAACAACUCAAGCUGGGACCAACUUUAUAAGUCCAUCAUAGGCAUGAUGGAGUUCAGUUUGUUUGGAAUACCUUAUACCGGGGCCGAUAUCUGUGGCUUCUUCAACACGGCCGAGUACGAGAUGUGUCUUCGCUGGAUGCAACUGGGCGCCUUCUACCCCUACUCCCGUAACCACAACGGCAAGGGAUCCCCGAGACAGGACCCAGUUUCAUGGAACAGCACCUUUGCUGAGGCGUCCCGCGAUGUCCUGAACAUUCGCUACACUCUCCUGCCUUACCUCUACACACUAAUGUUUGAGGCCCACACCUCUGGAAACACUGUAGUGAGACCACUCCUGCAUGAGUUUGUUGAAGAUCGGGCAACAUGGGACGUCCACAGACAAUUCCUCUGGGGACCUGCCCUACUCAUCACACCUGCCAUGGAACCGGGUGUAACUAAUGUGGAGGCUUAUGUUCCGGACACCCGCUGGUAUGACUACCACACGGCAGAAGUAUUGCGGGUUCGUGGCAAGAUGGUUACCAUGCCAACACCUCUGGACCAUAUCAACCUUCACGUGCGGGGAGGUUACAUCUUGCCCUGGCAAAAAGCAGAGAAUAACACAAAGUUUAGUCGACAGAAUCCUUUAGGCUUGAUUGUUGCGCUGGAUGAUAGUGGAUUCGCCCAUGGCUCUCUUUUCUGGGAUGAUGGAGAGGGAAUAGAUACGUACGAGGCGGGCGCUUAUCUGUUGACCGGCUUCACAGCAAACUCGAGCAAGCUGACCAAUCGGGUGGGGCACAAUGGGCUGGCCCCGGCUGACCAGCUGACCCUGGGGGUGGUGAGGGUCUGGGGAGCGGGGACAGUGAAGGUGAUGCAGGUUACCCUGACCGACUCCACGGGGACAGUGCACGAUCUGGUACCGGAGCAUAACACCAGCACGCAGGAGCUGAAAGUAGACGCUACAGCCAUAUCAGUCCAUCUAGAUCGGAUGUUCACAAUGGACUGGAAGACCAGCCUCUGAACAGAGCAGAGAAGAAGCAGUGGCUUUUAACAUUAUACAGUGUA